AUGCUGAAGGAAAUCCAGGUGUGCCUGUGUAUCUUCUUUGUAUUUUCAUUUGGAGUAUUUUAUGAACUGUCUCAGGAACAUAGUUGCCUCUUCUCCUGCAAACCUGCCUCCAAACAGUUGUUGACACCAAAAGAUGUCAUGAUCCAGGACAGAAGCAUCAUCUUUCUGGAGACCACUGAAAAUCUGCAGCCUCGUCCUCUGGUUUUAUGUUCUGUGGAAUCUGCUGCUAGAAUCUAUUCAGAGAGGCCUGUCAUUUUCUUUAUGAAAGGCUUGGACAAUCACACAAUGGGGAGUGUGAGUUCUUCAUGGUCCUCUCUCUCCUUUUUAUCUGCUAUGAAGAAUGUUUUCCUUUUUCCCCUUCACAUGGAAACUUUGUUCCAAGACACUCCUCUACUUUCAUGGUAUCUUCAGGUCAAUGCAACACUGGAGAAGGACUGGAUCUAUAUCAUAUCAGAUGCUAUCAGGCUUGCAAUGGUGUGGAAAUAUGGUGGAAUUUAUAUGGACACAGAUGUAAUUUCUAUCAGACCCAUCCCAGUGAGCAACUUCUUGGCAGCCCAGUCUUCCCAAUUUUCCAGCAAUGGGAUCUUCAGUUUUCAGCAGCAUCAUUCAUUCCUUUGGGAUUGCAUGGAAGAUUUUGUUCGGAACUACGAUGGAGCGAUCUGGGGAAAUCAGGGACCUUUUUUAAUAACAAGGGUGCUAAAAAGGCUGUGUGAUCUAAUUGAUUUUAAGGAUACAGAGGAUCAAAAAUGUCACAACAUUUCCUUCUUGAACCCCCAGCGUUUCUAUCCCAUCCAUUACAAAAACUGGACAGCAUAUUAUGAGGUAUGGGACCCAAUACCACAGUUCAAUACCUCCUAUGCUUUGCAUUUGUGGAACUUCAUGAACGAGAAAGACAAGAAGAAUGUUACCAUUGGAAGUAAUACACUAGUGGAAAACCUGUUUAGAAUGUACUGCCCUACUACUUACAAAAGACUUUCUCAAACUGUGGAAGGAAGUGAAUAG